AUGCGUCUCGUGUAUCUGAUCAGCAUCGUUCCCUUUCUCGCUUCGGCUUGGGCAGCACCGCUGCAUUCAAGCUCUAUUAAGCGCGAUGAGGGAUAUGGCGACAAAGAAAAGACGGAUGGCUUUCCCGUGACCCCUGUGACGGGCAGAGCCAAACGUGAUGAGGGUUAUGGCGACAAGGAAAAGACAGAUGGCUUUCCCGUGCCCCCUGUGACGGGCAGAGACAAACGUGAGCUUCCAGACUCUAGUAGUAAAGAUGAUUACAGCUUCAUUUUGCUGAUCUAUCUUCAAAGUGAUGAGGGUUAUGGUGACAAGGAAAAGACGGAUGGCGUGGAAGUUCCUGUUCGACCCGAUGAGAGUGACUUGUGCCAAGGGAAAGUAGGCCAGGCGUACUAG